AUGACAGAAUGUGGUUCUAUACAAGCUUUGUAUAGAACUAUCUUGGUCGCUUAUACUCCAAUAUCAAGCUACGAAGAAGUCGAAGCUUUCUUCGUGAACCUAAAGAGAUCCUACAGAGAAAAUCAUACGUACUGCAAAGUCGUAAUUGGUGAUUUCAACGCCAAAGUUGGCCCCAAAAGAACGUCUGGAAAACUUCACACCGGAACCCACGGCCUUCAAUGGAAUGAGCAGGGGGAGAGGCUUCCCGAGCUCAUCAUGAUAACUAAGAGCACCCAUGGAAACUCGCAAUUCCAGAAAUUCGCCUCUCUACGUUGGACGUGGGAGUCAUCCGAUGGAGGGUAUCAUAAUGAAACUGACCAUAUCAUCAUCAGUAAAAGAUUUUGCCUGACGGAUGUCGCUGUUGUACCAAAGUUUUAUACAGGAUCGGACCAUGGCCUUCUUUAA